GAUUGAUGGGAAAAGAAUCGCCUACACGGAUGGGUUCAUCUACCUCGGUACCCAUCUGCACUUCGCUGAUGGCUCGAAAACCGAAAUCCAACGCCGAAUUCGUUCUGCAUGGAGCGUCUUCCACAAGUUCAAAACGUACUUAACAUAG